CUUCGCCGGCCGGAAUUUUCGGAGCCCCUGAGUGCGGCCCUCCAGCUCGCUAUCCUAGCUGUGAUGGAAAAUCACAGCGUUCGCCCUCACUGGGUUGUGGGACACUCUUCUGGCGAGAUUGCAGCUGCCUAUGUGGCUGGAUAUUUGACUUUAGAUGAUGCAAUUAAGAUUGCUUACUUCCGUGGCCAAGCCGCGCAGGGAGCCUGCGAUACCUGGAAGGAGAGGAUGGGUAUGAUGGCCGCGGAGCUGGAUCCGCAAAUCAUUUCCAAAUACUUCAUAGGAUUGGAAGACAAGGUCCAUAUUGCUUGUCACAAUAGUCCCAGCAACGUUACACUUGCAGGGGUUCUUUCCUCCUUGGAGGAGGUGCAGGCACGUUUACAGCAAGACAAACAUGCAAGCCGUAUGCUACAGGUUGAUAUCCCAUACCAUUCCAAGUUCGUCGCAGCCACUGCAGAGGCAUUUGAGCAGUUCGCUCUUCAGGAGAGGCCUUUUGUGCAAGAUCUAGGUUGCAGUGGAGACGUCACAAUGCUGUCGACCGUCACUGGCAGCCGAUUGGAGGGCCGGACUUGCAACAGCUCAUACUGGAGAGCCAACAUGGAGUCCCCAGUUUUAUUCCGUCACGCAAUGGAAGAUUUACUCCGUCAUGAUCUACACCCCGAUAUUCUUAUUGAGAUUGGCCCAAGUGACACAUUGAGAGGUCCAGUUAUGAAAUUAAAGCACAGUCUAAGCCGUGGAGAUUUGCCCCUGAAGGACACUGACAUACAGUAUCUAUCGGCUCUUCAUAGGGGCGACAUGUCGGCCCACAACAUGUUACACUUACUAGGCAGCCUUUAUCUGUCCGGAUAUCCCGUUCAGAUGCAAGGUUCCUAUCCACCGCCCAGCGAAGAGGCUCACUCUGUCAUUGUGGAUCUCCCUAAUUACUGCUGGAAUCAUACGGCAAAAUACGGGUACAAGUGUGAAGUAAGGCAGGCCGAGCGGGUUCGCAAGGCGCCCCAGCGCGACCUCGGGAGUGAACCCAGCCUUGGCGCAUCCAUGGAUAAUCAAAAUGGUCCCAUAGCACGCAAUACCGACGAACUCAAUCAAAGCAUGCAGAAAACUCCAGAGACAACAGUUUCCCCUGGAGAAUAUGGUGAUCUUCUCAGUAAGAAGCUGAGCAACAUGUUGCGGUUGACGGGGCCAAUCGAUCCGGAAAAGUUGCUCUCAAGCUAUGGAUUGGAUUCUCUGUCCAGAAUCCAACUACGCCAUUGGUUGAAUACACAGCUAUCAGUGGAUGUAUCCACUUUUGACAUUAUCAGCACACUCACACUGGCCUCUUUGCGUGAGAUGAUUGCUGGAAAGUUGAGGGUAGUUUAA